CCUCAGGAGAAGGCGUCCAUGGAGCGCGAGAGGGUGCGGCUGCAGGAGCAGGUGCGCAAGGCGGACAGGGACUCGCACGCGUUGCGAGGGAGAGUGGGCGAGUUGGAGGAGCAGUUGCAGGCGCAGGAGAGGGAGCUACAGGAAGCAACUUACCGCAUGGAAAAGGCUGUGCGCGAGGAGGAGCGGAAAAGCGUGGAGAUUCAACGACGGUUGGGGGAGGAGUACCAAGCGGCCAUGGACGGACAGAACCGGCUGCAGGCAAUGCUGGAGGACCAAGGCAAGCGGGUAGAUGAGCUGACAGCGCUGCUGAGCCAGAAGGGGCUGGAGUGCAAGGAGUUUUCACAGAAGCUGAUCUCGGCUAAGGAAGAGAAUAGCAAGCUGAGGCGGCGGCUCAAGGCUGCCAUGGCCCAGGGCUGCGACCCAGGCUCGGCAGGCUCGGACCUGAAGGAGGCUCUGGCUCGGGUGGAGAGGCAACUGCUGGAGAAGAAGCAGGAGGUGGAGGUGGCGGAGGCAGUAAAUGAGGAACUGAAGGAACAGGUGAAACACCUGACGGGGCGGCUGAGCCAGGAGGAUCUUCAGGUGUUUCGGCAGUCGUUCAGGAGAGUGGCUGACGAGGCGAGGGGGCGCUUGGCAGCAGCGGAGCAGUGUAUAUCGGAGCAGGAGCAGAAGAGCAAGGCGCUGAGCCACGCAGCAGAAGCGCAUAUGGAGCUGGGGGAGCAGCUGCGGCAGGUAGAAGAGGAGUGUGGGAGGUGGAGGGAGAUGGCAAGAGAGAGUGAGAUGAGGGCCGAUGGGGCGGAAGAGGCGCGUAGGCUUGCAGUGGAGCAGCUUGAAACGAGGAUGAGAGCGUGGGAGAUGGAGAAGGAGCAACUGAGGGCAGAGGAGGAGAGGGAGGAGAUGAGGAGGCGACUAGAAGAGGCUCUAGAGGCGUGCUCUGAGAGCGAAGCCCUGGUGGAUGCUAUUGAGAAGUCAAGGGAGGGGCUUAAGCUAGAGGUGCAGGGGUUGAUCGAGAGGAAUAGGGAGAUAGAGGGGGAGUUGGAGAGGGAGAGGGAAGGAGUGAGGGACAGAGUGAGGGAGGCGGAGGAGGCGGUGGGGGAGGCGCAGAGAGAGUGUGAGGAGGUGCGGAGGGCGAUGGAGGAGGGGAGGAGGGCCGAGAGGGAGAGGGAGGAGGAGGUGGAAAGGCGAAUGCAAGAACUGAGGGAGGAAGUAGAGAAGGCUGUGGAGGGGCGGGAGGCGGUGGAAGAGGAGGCGGAGUUGAUAAAGCAGGAGUUGAAUGUGGUGCAGAGGGAGCUGGUAGAUGUGAAGGAGGAGCUGCUAGUAGCGAGACAGGAGGUGGAGGCGAAAGAGAGGGAGAUAGAGGCGAAGGGAAGGGAAAUAGAGGAGAAGGAGAGAGGGAUAGAUGCGUUUCAACAGCAGGUGGAGCAGGGGAGGGAGGCUGUGAGGCGGGCAGAGGCAGAAAAGGAGGAGAUUGCUGAGAAGAUUUCUCAGGAGAUUUCUCAGGAGAGGGAUGCUCAGGUCGAGAGGUUGGAGGAGCAGAUCAGAGGGCUUGAGAUAAAGGUGGAGAAGGAGAGGGAGCGAGUGGUGUGUGUGGAAUUGGCACUGAGGAGGAAAGAGGAGGAGGUGCAGGAGGGCAGAGAGGAGAGGGAGGGGUUGGAGAGAGAGAUUGAGAAAAUGCUGGAGAAAGUGGAAGAGGCGGAGAAGGGGAGAGGGGAGGUGGAGGGUAGAGUGGCUGAGAUGGAAGAGGAGAAGAGGAGGGGGGAGGAGGAGAGGGAGAGAGAGGUCCAAGCGUUGUCGGGAGAGGUGGAGAGGCUUCAGGAAGAGCUGGAGGGAGUGAGAGGACAGGUGGUAGGGGAAGGUGAGGUGAGGAGGCGACUGGAGACUGUAGAAGGGGAGUACGCGCGUUUGAGGAUGGAACUUUCCACGAAAGUGAGGGAGUUAGCUACUGAGAAGGAGGUGAGGGAGGAGAAGGAGCGGAAGUUACGGGAAGUGAGUGAGGCUGCAGUGGUUGCGACUGAGGAGUGGAAGAAGGAGUUGGGAGAGGUGGAGAGGAUGAUGGGGGUGAUGAGGGAGGAGCGGGAGGCGGUUCAGAGGGAGUGUGAGCAGUUGAGGGAGGAAGCAGAGGCACGGGAGGUGCAGGUGAGGCUGCUAGAGGGGGCGAGAGAUGAUGUGGUGGCUGCGAUGGCGGGGAUUAGGGAUGAAAAGAAAAGGGCGGAAAAAGAGAUGGAGGAGAGAAUUGAGGGUUUGAGGGGAGAGGUUAGGGAGGCGGAGGGCAAAUUGGAGGCAGAGAGGGAAGGGAGGGAGAGGGAGAGGAAGGAGAGGGAGGAGGAGAGAGUGAGGGUGGAGGAGGAAAGGGAGAGGAUGGAGGAGGCGAAGGGGAGGAGGGAGGAGGAGAGGAGGCUGUGGGAGGAGGAGGUGUGCGCGGCGAGAGAGGCAGCAGAGGAGGCGGAGGGGAAGGCGAGCGCGGCGAGGGACUUAGUGGAUGAGCUACAGAGAGAGGUGGAGGAGCUCAAGGAGCAGCUGCGGGAGGCGGAGGAGGCGCUCAGCAUGAACGAGACGAACCUGUCGGCGUCUGACUGGGCCGUGCAGCAGCUCGCAGGGGAGCUGUCGACCGUGAAGCGGAAACUGGUUGAGAAGGAAAAGGAGCUGGUUGAACUGCAGGACCGGCUGUCUGUUGUGGAGCACGCGCUGGAGGAGAAGGAGAGGGACCUGGAACGGCUGGCAGCAGCGCUGCAGGAGGCCAACAAGAAGCGGUGGGCGCGGGCGCAGCAGAUCAAACAGAUGGAGAUGGAAAUGGCGGCGCUGAGGGCGCAGAGAGAGGCUGAGAGGCGAGUGGGUGAGCUGGAAAACGAGCUGGACAGCUUUAAGGGGAAAAUGGAGGGCAACGGGGAGCAAGAGGAGGAGAGAGCGAGGGCGGCGGAGGAGAGGGUUAGGGAGGCUGAGAGGCGAGUGGAUGACUUGGAGAGGGAGUUGAGUGAAGUGAAGAGAGAGAUGGGGAGGAAGGGGGACGAGGAGGAGGAGAGAGUGAGGGAGGGUGAGGGGCGAGUGAGGGAGCUGGAGGGGGAGUUGAGUGAAGUGAAGAAGGAAUUGGGAAGGAAGGAGGAGGAGCUUCAGGAAAUGGUCAGGAGGGAAAGGGAGAGGAGGGAGGCCGUGGAAGCAGCAGCUAUGGACCCUGGCACCGCCCCUGGUAGUCCUGCUCCUGGUGUUGCUGCUGCUGCUGCUGCUCUAUGUGCUGCUUGCAGUGGUGCUGCCAGUGCUGCUUGUGCUGCUGCUGGUGCUGGUGCUGGUGCGUGGAGCAUUGGGGAGGAGGGGCGCAUAUGGGAGAUCCGAGCCAAGCAGCUGGAGAAGGCAGUGGAGCGGUGGAAGGAGUUUGAAGCCGCAGCGAGGCGGGAGGCCAAGUCCCGCAGGGAAGAGCUGGAGCUGAAUAGCAGACUGCUGACCGAUGCUGUGAGCCUCAAUGACGAAAACGAGGUAACCCUAAAGCGGUUACGCGACGAAGUGAGGACGUUACGGGAGAAGCUGGAGGGUGUUGAGGCGGCGAGGGAAAAGGAGAGGAGAGGAGGAGGAGGAGGAAGAGGAGAGGGGUAUGGGAUGGGAGGAGGAGGGGUGGGAGCAGCAGGGCAGGGAGGGUGGGAGGGCGAGGUAGGUAGGCUUCGAGAGGAGGUUAAGGGGCUGAGGGCCAAGCUGAGAGUGGCGGAGAUGGAGUGGGAGAGUGAGAGGGCGCAGAAGGUGCGGGCUGAGGAGGCGUUAGCCAAGUACAGGAGGAAGCUGAGUGAGCGAGAGGAGGAGCUACAUGACGCUAUGGAUAGGCUGGCAGCAGCUGCUGCCGCUGCUGCUGCUGCUGAUGGUGGUGAUAAUGGUGGUGCUGGUGGUGCUAGGGGGUUUGGAGCAGGAAGGGAGGUUGGGGGAUACAGUGAAGAGGCAGCAGAGAUGGCUUUGCUUCAAGACAAGGUUCUGGCUCUUGAAAGGGAGAAAACCGAGCUACGUUCCAAGCUGGAGAAGCAGCAGCAGCAGCAGCAUGCAGACCGCCUUCCCACCGCCUCUUCAGCCCUCUUCCAAACACCCGCUAAGGCUGUUACAGCAAACCCCUUAGCUGUGGCAGCUGCAGCUGCUGCUAUGGAGCGGAGGGAUAUGGCUGGUGGGCGGUUGGGAGACAGGUCUCCUGUUGCUUUUGGUGCUUUUGUCGCUCAAACCAAGUCCCCAACCCCUUUCAGCGCCCAAGCCAAGUCACCUGUGGGUUCGGCUGCUGGGGGGAAAUCCCCUUGGAGGCGCCGGGUGGCUGAGAAGGUUCCUGGAAGCUCCCCUUGGAGGAGGAAUCAGCAGGGUUUGGGUGGGGGGUUGUUGCGAACGUUGGCAGCUCUGGAGGGUGGGGGAGGCGGGAAGGGAGGGAGCAUGGAGGGAAGGCAGGAGGAGAAGCAGGAGGAGAAGCAGGAGGAGAAGCAGGAGGAGGAGGGGAAGAUGGGGGUGAGUGAGGGGAAGAACAGAAUGCAGCAAGAGGAAGAGCAGACGGAGGUGCAGGCGAAGGGGCAGGAAGAGAAGACACCGAAGAAAGACCGGAAGCAGGAGGAGCAAGAGCAGGCGCAGGAGCAAGAGCAUGGUAGUGGCGAUUUAGAAAUGGUGAGAUGCGCAUCUCUCUCCCCGUCGCCCUCCCAAAACAUCAUCCCAGCCAAUGCCCUCCAGAAAGCAAGCUCGGAAAAGCACAUGCGCCGGGCCAGGCGGCCGGCAGAGGGGCCGGAUAACAGGGAGGAAAACGCCGUGUUUGAGAGUGAGGGUGAAUCAGCUGCAGGAUCAUCACCAGCAGCAGGAGGGGGAGCAGCAGCAGCAGCAGCAGCAGUGGGAGCAGGGGUGAGGAGGGGCGGUAUGGGUGAUGGGAGAAGGAGCAGUGGGAGUCCCGUGGCUGGUGAGGGGAGUGCAGGGAAGGGUGUAGGGCGAGGUGGAAGUGGGAGUGUGGAGAGGAGGGGGGGACCUGAUAGGGAGGGGGAGGCGGAGGAUGAUUCGCCUACCAAGCGAGUGAGACUGUCCAUGCUGAGAUGAUACUGUAGAGCUGAGAUGAAACAGUGGAGCAGGUGACGAAACUGUGUCGAUUGUGGGAGAGGUGACUUUUGAGGCGCCUCAAGAGUGAUUGGCAGUCGCCACUGAUUUCGGGAGGGGAAAUGAGUGAUGCUUGUAAAAUUUGGGUUGGGAUAUUCCAACCCUGAGAGUGUAGGCACAGGGUAGACCAGGAAUUGAAGAAGGGUGGCGGACUUAGGGAGUCGCAUUCUUUCCCAGUCUAGGUAGUAUUUAUGACAGUACAAGCCUACAAGGCCUACAGUAUCUGUCUCGAUGAAAUCAGAUCCUUUCUGAUUUUAUGAGAGUACAUUGAUAUAUGCUGAUUAAUUUGUGUGGA